UUUCUUGACACCUGCGCGUUUUGUUCCUCCUCGGCCUUAUGAUUCAAUUGAUGGGGUCUGCGUUUCUUUCACCUUAGUAUAAGAGGGGAUCCCGUUCCAUACCGGCUUUACGUCCCCCCACAUUCCUUAGGACCACCUUAUUGCUACCAUAAGCCCCUCUUGCAUCGUUCGAUUUGUUGACAAUGCCGGACUGGAACUCUCCAGAGGAGCUAGCUAAAGCAUCAACUGCCAUGAUCUACAUCACUCAUUCGUUUGCUGGAGUAUACUUCUGGGAGUUCGCGACGUCCCUCGACUUCGAAUGGUCCUACCUCUCAGGGCAAAGGAAGUUCCGCUGGCCAAUAACUGUUUACUUCCUGGCGCGAUAUCUGGCUUUAACGGCGAUGAUCGGAGCUCUUAUAGGCUACGAUGUCAAGUCGGGACUCAACUGUCGGCCAUUCUUCAUUUUCCUUCAGAUGACGGGAAAUGCAUCAGGUGGUAUGGCCACUAUCAAUUUAGCUCUUAGAACAAUCGCAAUCUGGCAGCGCAAUCGAUAUGUUAUUGGCUUGGUUGUUCUGCUCAUAAUGGGCCACUGGUCACUCAUUCUGCAAGGUGGCCUGCUCGAGGCAUCUCAAGUGCCAGGAACGGGUUGCGUAAUCGUCCAUACGAACGUUACGGUCUUGACAGCGAAUUUUAUUGUCUCCAUGGUCUUCGAUUUGAUAGUGCUUGUCCUUACGGCCUACAGAUUGUUGAGCCUGAGAGGUAACCAUCAAAACGGCCUCGUCAGUGUGCUGUUCUAUGAUGGCUUAAUUUAUUUCGUCUGCGCCUUCCUAGCAAACUUGGUUGCAACAGUCUUUAUGACUUUGAACUUAAGUCCUGUCAUGAGCAUCAUCUUUAACGUUCCCUCAACCGUUAUCUGCGCGGUAGAUCGCCUCGACUCGAGCUGUGCGAAGUUUAGCCAAGUUCGUUGCAGAUGGCCCACAUAUUUACUAUUCCGGCAGCAUCGCUCCCAGCGGAAGUAUCGUCUUCCGCCCUCAUGCUCUUCCGAAUACUAGACCCGGCGACUUACUUUCUUUGCCGACCUCGCGAGAACGACAAUCCCAGGAAGGCGUACAUGUGCAAAUGGAAAGGAUAGCCAGUAUGGAUGAAAGUGUUGCGAAGGGAUAAAAGCGAAAAUCUAGCACAAAGAGGGAACACGUACUGGACCCCGAGGUGACAUUCGACUCGAGAGAAGACCUGGAUCGAAAAUAAUCAUCCUUGGCUGUCCCGUCGAGUUGCGCUCGUUUUAGUUCUACUUGUUCUGUACCGGUGCUAGGUACCCAAUCACGAUGCAGCUACGUUACCUAUAUCGAUAUCCCUACUGCGCACUGCCACAAUUGUAAUCCAUCAUUCUAGACACUUUCGCCUCGACUAUGUCUGGCCUACAUAUGUUUCUGACAAUAAUAUCACACGACCACGGAACACCGU